CAUCAACCGUUAGCUCUUGUUGAUUACAUCGUACAAUCUUCGUAAUAAUACUCCCUUCACUAGUGUUUUUCUUUCCCUAAUUGAAGAUCCUCCGCUUCUACCCCUAACCUCUACCUACCACGUCGUCCUCGAAAACGAAGAACGAAUGCAGCUAUAAGCCCAACGCCCAAGCACCGAAAAGCUAUCUGCUUUUUGGGUACUCCACGAACGCAGUCAAGCUACACUAUGGCUGCCCUCGUUCAAUCAUACCCCCAGCAGUCUAGUACCAUUACCAUGCUCCAGACGCGUCCGUCUUCAGCAUCAGGGAUCCUACAAUCUUCUUCACAGACCCCAUCACACCAUCAAUACGCUGCCACUCCAACACAGAUGCAUCGGAACAGCUUCCAUGGGAUGAACAACGGCAUGAUGUCAAAUUAUCGUGGGCCUGCACCGAUCGCUCCAUAUGCAUUCACUAGUACCCCUGGACUCGUGACCGGAUCGCGUACGCAAAGUGGCCCUCACCUUCGAGCAGACCAAAGAGCUUCUUCAACUGGGGCUGUUCCGACUACGUCUUCGGAAUCGGCAAAUACAAUGAACCGAUCACAGCAUCUUACUGCCGCUUCUGUAUCUACCACAUCGUCGUCGUCUGAUCACUCCUCUUCAAGCCAAAGGUCAGGCCCGGGGGACGAUUCGUCAGUUUCAAGUGCUGCUCGAGCUCCUACUGGAAAUUCUCGAUCUCAGUUGACUGUUACACCCACUUCCAGCCAUUCCCUUGCCGCUCCACUGGCUUCUCCAACGACAAAAACUUCUCCUGAUCGAUAUCGUCGGCCAAAUAACCGUCGUACAGAGUCCUCUCCGCAAUCCAACACUCAGGCUUCGGCAAUGCCAAAUACUAUGCAGUUCUACGGUAGCAGCACCCAACCACCCAUGGCACCUCCCAUCACACUCCAGGAAUUCAAUCUUCAGAUCCCACAAUUCUUGAGACAACUUGGGGCUUACACUCCUACUCCAGGCGUCGUUGCUGAUGACAUGCAAUUAAAUCGCCACAUGAGCCAUGAACAAUCACAGAAAUAUCGGCGUCGGAGCAUUCAUACAAUUGACGCAGCCGAAUACUCGCAUGGUAGCGGUUUGGCAUUACAACAGCAGGGAUUACGUCUGGUUAACAGCGCUAACGGCCGAAUUGACCAGCAGCAACAACACCCCCUGCGAAGUUCUCCAGUUGUUGCUCCUCGACCGGGUGCUUCCCAUGGACGCAGCGGAAGCAGUGAGAGUACAAAUUCUGUGCGGAGCAACCAUCAUUCUCGGCCAAAUUCUGUCAAGCGAGAAGCAGGCAUAGCGUCCAUGGCAACUACAAACCCCGCUUCGUCCUCGUCCUCCCAAGCUGCAGAACAGACAUCGUCCAGAAAUGAAUCAGCAAGGCUUGUAAAUAUCCCCACCCGUGGUUCUUCUUCCGAUGCCUCAAAAAGAAUCACCAACCCUUCUCCUUUGUCCAAGCCGAUGGCAAUGAAUCCCGAGCCCUCGGCUUCCAAGGAUUCGUUCGCAUCGACAGUAAAUGCGGCUCUUCAAACGCCGGCAAAACCAACCCACGCGCAGGCCGCCCAUAGCACGAAAUCUCAGAGCCCUGCUGCAAAGCAGUUGGCUGCCUUAAAUGAGAAGGAUGGCAAGAAAAACAAAACUUCGCGAUUGCGGAGAGCCUUCUCGUUUGGAAGCGCUGCAGAGCUGCGUAAGGCCUCAGCCGAGAACAGUGCUGCCAAUAACGCGGCCGUAGCGGCCGAGAGCGUCAAACUUCGAAAAGAAAAAUACCAAGAUGAGCAAGAAGCCGAACAGGCCCGAAUUGCUCAACAACAAGAGGCUGGAGGUAUCGGAUCUGGAAUUUAUUCAGGACAGGGUAAUUUCUUCACGGGCUCGACUGAUAAUCUUUCUAUAUCUUCGACAGCAUCAUCCGCCUCGAUCAUGAUCAGGAAGAUGGGCCGAGGUAUGAAGAAAUCUACUCGAUCUCUUGUUGGAUUAUUCCGGCCAAAGUCUGUUAUCGGUGUUCCCGCUGCGGAUGCUGCUCUACCAGAAGUUAGCCAAGCUCAAGUAUCCAUGGUUACUGUGGAGGCCGAAAGGGAGAAGGUCAACGUAAAUGCAAACCCGCAUGACCAAGCUAAAGGAGGCACUGGAUAUCCCAGGCUGGAGAGAAACUCUGUGGAUGCAGCCAAUACUAGCAACGAACGUCUCGGAAGCUCAAGCACCGAAGAUUCCGCAGCUAGGAAGAGUAUCGUCGGUGGUGAGAAGGAGCGUGCAGAAGUUCUUGCGGCCGUCAAGAAAGGAAUUCUCAAACACUCUGGUAAUUCUUCCCCAGUCAUACGCCCGGUACUCGACACCAAGACAGCAAGCCUCCAGUUGCCACAAAUCCCACACGUCAACGACUCACCAAGUUCUUCAGCCCCGAGCACACCCAGCGAUGAACAACAGGGUCAUAGGCGGACUGGUUCAGUGACGUUGGGUGGUGAGGACUAUUUCAUGUCGGCUCUGCGGCUCCGAGUUGACUCGAAGAGCGUCCCGGUAACUCCACAUGGAGGAACCAAACGAAGUGCCACCUUUAGCCCCCGGAUCCAAUUUCACGACACCUGGCCCAGCGGGGAGUACGACCGUAGAGGCGAGAUUGCCACUUGCAACCGUUUGACUCCAAUGCUUGCUCAGCAGAUCAAGGAGGAGCUUAACACUUUCAAGAUGCAGGAAAUGGAGGUGCACGAGAAUUCUAAGAUCUACACACACUUUUUCUGACGAAACCACGAUUACGGCUGCUCA